UAAACAAGUUGAAUAAUCAUGAUAAUAAAAAAAGAUAUCCUCUUAAAAAAAUGUAUACUUGAUGUAGAGCCCACUUUAAGGUCCCAGUCACGCUCGUGCCAGGUGGCUUCCUUGCGUCUCCUAAUUCUCUUUCUUACCCGUACGCAUCUCCUGAGCGAGAGAGAGAGAGAGAGAGCUGUUUAUAAUAAUACACACAAGAAAGAGCAGCUCACACAACAUAACUUGAAGAAAGAUCAUAGAAUCAAGAAGUGCAUUUUGUUAUCAGAUAAAAUGGUUGCUGGUGGGGGGAUGAAGAUAAGUGGUGGUGGAGCGAUCAAUGAAUGGAAAGACAUUCCAAUGGAGCUUCUGCUGCGGAUUGUGUCGCUCGUUGAUGAUCGAACAGUGAUUGUUACUUCGGGUGUUUGUAGUGGCUGGAGAGAUGCUGUUUGCUGGGGAUUAACUCGGUUGUCCCUUUCUUGGUCCAAGAAGAACAUGAAUAACUUGGUGCUAUCUCUGGCUCCUAAAUUCUCAAAACUGCAAGUUUUAGUUCUCCGUCAGGAUAACUCACAGCUGCAGGAUAAUGCUGUUCAGGCUAUUGCAAACUUUUGUCCUGACCUGCAGGAUCUAGACCUAAGCAAGAGUUUCAAACUCACUGAUUGCUCCCUAUAUGCCUUGGCUCAUGGUUGCCCUAAUCUGACAAAGCUCAACAUCAGUGGGUGCUCGGCAUUCAGUGAUACUGCUCUCUCAUAUUUAAGCGAUUAUUGCAGAAAAGUUCAAACAUUAAAUCUCUGUGGAUGCGUCAAAGCUGCAUCUGACUCUGCCUUGAAGGCUAUUGGAUAUAAUUGUACUCGGUUGCAGUAUCUUAACCUGGGGUGGUGUGAGAAUGUUGGAGAUAUAGGUGUUAUGAGUCUAGCUUAUGGGUGCCCUGAUCUAAAAGUACUUGAUUUGUGCGGUUGUGUUCUUAUAACAGAUGCGAGUGUAGUUGCUUUGGCAAACAAUUGCCUUCGUUUGCAGUCUCUCGGUCUCUACUACUGCCAAAAUAUCACAGAUAGAGCAAUCUAUGCCCUUGCUCACACUCGAGUGAAGAACAAACAGAGUGUGUGGGAAUCUGUGAGGAAUAGGUACGAGGAAGAAGGGCUUAAAAGUUUGAACAUCAGUCAGUGCACAGCUCUUACUCCUCCAGCUGUGCAAGCCUUGUGUGACUCAUGUCCUGCACUUCAUACAUGCCCAGGAAGACAUUCGCUGAUCAUAAGUGGGUGUCUCAACUUAACGUCUGUCCACUGUGCCUGUGCAUUUCAAGCUCAUCGCGCGACCGGUAAUGUUCAGGCUCACUGAGCAAGAACCAAGAUGAAAGCCCUAUUGUGUAAGAUCAGGGUUCGGGCCUCCAGGCGUAGGAAGGUAAAAAUAAUGUUGUGCAUGGACAAUGAAAUUUGUUAAGGCUGUGCACUUGCCUGACUGUGAAAUGGACAAUUAUUUCCGACUACCCUUUGAUGGUCCGGUCCGCGUGUAGUUUGUAUAUUGUCAACAGUUUUUCUAUGGUUGUGUUUCCGUGAACCAAAUUUGGCUAUUCUGUCCACAGAUUAUGCAUAAAAUGUUGAUCAUUUCUUCCCCACCUACCUUCAGCUCCGGGCUGGGUCUGGUUCAAACCAAACAUGCAAUGUUCCAAACAUUGUUAGACUCGGAAGGGUUCUUGUUUUCAUAAAAGUCGGCUUCUGCUUUUCUAGAUAA